UGAAGUCUUGUGGUUUCCUGUUUUACAUAAAUCAUCCUUUAUAAUGUAAAGAACAUCAUUUGAAAAUGUAACCUUGAUAUCUUUAAUAUUGACUGAGUAAAGCCAUGUCAAAGACUGAAGUCAUAGUGAAAUAAAUGGUUGAAAAUCCAAAUGAAAUUUUGAUGCUCAUAAUUAGAUUUUGAGACAGACAGGGUCACAUACUGCAGAGCUUUGCAGACCCCCAGAAUGGUCUGUCAAGGUCAGCAAGUCUCUUAUAAUAUAAUUAAGACUUUUUAUGACAAGGCAAGGCUACUUCAGGUCAUAAAAUGCCACAUGACUCCAACCCAGAAAUAUAAUAUUUAUGAAUGAAUCAUUCUUGAUAUUAAUUAUUCAGAUGUGUACAUUCACAAAUACUCGAAGUGUACUGAAAAUAUAUUUAUUUUUACUAACAUGAAUAUACAAACAUGAAUAUAAAGAGAACACUUGAAUAGAUGUUUUUUAUCUUGUUAUUUGUCUUUGAAUUGUCUCAUUUACACACACACACACACACAUAUAUAUACAUAUAUUUAUGUCAGCUCCUAAAUGAAUUAGAUUAUUGGACAGCUAGGUUUUCUCACAUGCUCAUUUGAUUGUCAUGUUUGUCCCCACACAAAAUUAACACAAAAGCAAGUAGAGAAAGCACAGAGCAGUGUGAGUCUGUGCCAGCUGACACAUCUGACACACAAGAUUCCACCACAAAGUCGAACCAGGAUAAGGUGACUCCACAGAGAGAGAGAGCCACCACCUAAACCUUCCCACAUGUAUUACAACAAACACCGCUAACCUGACAGAGGAGAGGGAGCCAAGACUCAGUCUAAGCGCAAAAGAGAGGAUUUGCUGUAAUAUUUCCUGGCCGCUAGAGGGCACUCUAAUAAAGACACAAGCUACAGAAGACAGUCUGACUUUGUGCGGGAUUGCUUCCCUGUUCAUCAGUUCUCGUUUCAACACAGGCGUAUGCUUGUUUGUCAAGAGGAGUUGCCAGAGCAAGAGGUUUGAAGUCCAACUGCUGCUGGUUGUUGCUACUCUAUCUUACUUGUGAUGUUGGAUAUGGGAGAAAGGAAAGAAGUCAAAAUGAUUCCUAAAUCAUCGUUCAGUAUAAACAGUCUGGUUCCCGAAGCCGUGCAAAGCGACAACCACCAUCAUCACCACCACCAACAGCAACAGCACAGAGCGGUGCAUGAAGAAGAGGAGAAGACUCCUUUACCUGUCCAAGCACAGGAGCAAAAGUCGGAGAACACUUGCGCUAAAAGUGACAAUUCAUCCCACGACUCCUCGUGCACGGACGAGAAGGAGAAGCAGGAAGAGAAACGGGACUCAAAGGAAGGCGAAGGAGUCAAAGAAGGCGACAAGAAAAACGGCAAGUACGAGAAACCUCCUUUUAGCUACAACGCUUUGAUUAUGAUGGCUAUUCGGCAGAGUCCGGAGAAGCGGUUAACCCUUAACGGUAUUUACGAGUUCAUUAUGAAAAAUUUCCCGUAUUACCGGGAGAACAAACAGGGAUGGCAGAAUUCCAUCAGGCACAACUUGAGUUUGAACAAAUGUUUUGUUAAAGUGCCCCGGCACUACGAUGACCCCGGGAAGGGGAACUACUGGAUGCUUGACCCCUCCAGCGACGACGUGUUCAUUGGCGGCACGACGGGCAAACUUCGGCGCAGAUCGACCACUUCUAGGGCAAAACUGGCGUUUAAAAGGGGCGCGAGGCUAACUUCCACCGGACUGACAUUUAUGGAUAGAGCUGGCUCUUUAUAUUGGCCCAUGUCUCCGUUCCUCUCGCUCCACCAUCCGAGAGCGAGCAGCGCGUUGAGUUACAACGGCACGUCCCCGGCUUACCCUAGUCACCCAAUGUCCUAUAGCACAAUGUUGACUCAAAACAGUUUGGGGAGCAAUCACUCUUUCCCUGCCUCCAAUGGCUUGACUGUUGACAGACUCGUGAAUGGAGAGAUUCCGUACGCCACACAUCAUCUCACAGCGGCCGCUUUGGCCGCCUCUGUGCCAUGUGGGCUCUCCGUACCCUGCUCCGGGACGUACUCUUUGAAUCCGUGUUCAGUGAACCUACUGGCGGGCCAGACCAGUUAUUUUUUCCCCCACGUCCCUCACCCAUCCAUGAGCUCCCAGAGCAGCACAUCCAUGAGCUCCAGGGCCGUCUCUUCCUCCUCCCCGCAAACGGCCUCCUCUCUCGCGUGUGACUCCUUAAGGCCUUCCCUACCUAGUUUUUCCUCCGGACUUUCCAGCGGACUUUCUGACUACUUCACACAUCAGAAUCAAGGGUCAACAUCAAAUCCACUUAUACACUAACUAGCAUCCACAGGAUCAGACUGUAAGUGAAAAUUUUCACCAAUUUACACUGUAAUAUAUAGGCCUAUAAAUGAAACAAAAAAAAUUAAGGAGUAUGAACAGACAAUGGAAGCCGAAUUCCAGGUAUUUUGUAUUAUUAUUACUAUUAUUAUUAUGCAUUUAUUUCUGUAUACAAACGUCAAGUGUAGCGGAACUGUUUAUUAUUCCAUUGUCAGCAACGUGCAAUGUGACCAGAGUAAAAAAAAGAAAAAAGGAUGAAGCAUAGUUUUUUUUUUUUUUUUUUUUGGAAAGGCAGUAUGAUUACUUUAGAAUGUUUAUUUAAAUAGUGGUUGAAUUUCUUUCUAUAAUUUUAAAUGUUAAAAUAUCUAAUAGAUUACAGAACAACCUCCAGUCAUGUUUGCAGUAUUAUCAUGUCACGAGGUGGGGUGAGAUUUUUAAAAAAUUAACACAACGUUUUAUUUUCAUUUUGAAAUAAAUAUGUUCUAAGUGCACAAUGCCCGUUCAAAUCCGUGGCUCCUUGUUGUUUGUUUCUUUAAUACAGACUGAAUACUGCAUCUAUAGUGCAUUUUAUGCAUAUUAACAACACAGUUUCUUUGUAGACCAAAGAAUAGGUAUCAAUCAACAAAAUAUAGUUGUUGUUUGUUUUCAGUAUUCCUAACUUUACAGACGGUUCUGAAUGGGAAAAACGAAAUGAAUGCUUUCAGCAUGUGUUUGCUUACUAUGUGGUCACCACCAUGCAGGUCACAUUCUUUUUGUAAUUAGUGAAAUGUCAAUACCUGUUGUAAUUAUAGGUUAACUUUUGCGAACGUGUAACCCGUGUUGAGUAAAUGCCUCAUAAAAUAUUGAGUGAUUGUUUAUGUCGUCUUUAAAUUCCAUUGUUGUGAUUUUGUGGUCUAAUGCCCGUGUUUGUCGCUUAAACUGUUAACCAAACAAAAUAAAAAAAGUAGGUUAAGUACA